AUGGAUACAUCUAAUGUUUUCUCUCGUGGAUAUAUUGUUCGAACUCCAAAAGAGAGUUGUAGCAUUGGCAUCGAAAUCAAUCAUACCAACAUAAAUAUUGAAUCAUUUCUCUCUGUCAACACAACCCUAUUAAACAUCUCCUUAUGUUGCAGCAUCUCUCCUGACACAAUUAUCUUGCUCAUUCCAACUCAUCAUAAAUUACUUGAAGAAGAACAUUUUUUGAAGAGGCUUAUAUGCGACGGAACUGACCAAGAAAACAACCGAAGAAAAUAUUACAAGGUAAAGAUUGCAUCUGUAAUUCUUUUCUCAGAUAAUACUUCUGGAAACACCUCUAAGCAAUUUAAUCCAUACGAGAGCUGGUCAAUGAAAUGUGUGGGUCUCUCUUUUGAAGAAAGGUGCUCCAUAGAGAAUAUCUUAUUUAUAUCAGCAAUUCCAAAGAAGAAAGGUGCAAACGCUGCCUCGUUGUUACCUGAAAUUGUUAAUGAUUUGAAAAAGCUAGAAAACGGCGUGGUAAUGUUCUCUGCAGAAGAUAAUGCAUAUGUUCUUGUGGUAUCUUCUUUACUUUGGAUUGAGGCAGAUACACCUUGUCACUCAGAGCUUUGUGGUUUAGGUGCGCCCAACUCAACUUACCCUUGUAGAAAGUGCUACAUUAAAUUGCAAAGUCGAAUCCCCAAAUUUGGGUCUGCUCUUAACUACAAGACUGAAAAGGGAGAGCAGUUCAACAAGCACAUUCGUGAACACUUGUUUCAUACAAACCAUAUGAACACAUCGAAAGAUAUAUGUCUCAAAUUUGGUAAACAAUAUAUGACAAGACAUAUUAUUGAUGGUGGUUCAUGGAUAGGCAAGAAUGGUUUAAGGAAAACCUGUGAAAAAGCUAUUGCAGAAUAUAUGCAACAAAUCUCUGAUGGGAAAUUCCAUGAAACUUUGCUCGGUGGGUCCAGAGAAUUUGCAGACAACAACGGUACAGGUUUGACCCCUGGAAAGAUAUUAAAAGACAAUACAUUUGCUCUAUUUAGACAAAUCAAUAGAUAUAUUAUCAUUGGAAUAGUGCUUUUUUCUAAAGGAUACUAUUUGUAUAUCAAAUAUCCAUCCGCGCAUGCUGUUAACAACAAUUAUCAUCUAGCACUCAAAUAUGCUGAUGAUAUAUACAUGCCACUAGAUGAAUUGAAGGUUGUUUGUCUAUUAGACACGCAUCUGAAAGUUGACUGUAAAUAUGUUGUUAACCUCAACAAAUUUGGUUCAUACUGGUCCUUCCUUUAUUCCUUUUAUUAA